CCUAAUUGGCCCUGCACGCGCCACAAUUUAAGGUUGUUCACUCCGGGGGUGGGGGGGAGCGAGGUACAAUACCCCACCCCCCACCCCCCAUCAGUAUCUCCCUCCCAUUCCAUCUGGGUGUUUUAUGUCUGCGUCACAACAAGUCGCUCGGCGGAGAGAGGCAGGGGUGAGGAUGAUGAUGAUGAUGAUGAUGAUGAUGAAGAUGGCGUCUCUGGCGGUUUGACACAGGAGAUCUCGCAAACAGCCGCCAAAAAAAGGCAUCCGGAAGGAAAAAAAAAAAAAAGGAUCACCGUGGCGGAGGAAACUUGACACGCACGGAGCGUGGGCUUUUUCUUCUUCUUCCUCUUCCUCCUCCUCUUCAUCAUCCCCGCUGACGGAUUGAGUGACAGGGGCGUGCGUGGCGUGUGCACGCGCACUAACCGCCUUCCCCCUGCGCCCUCAUCAUGCAGCCUGCGUGACCCCCCGACAGAGGGAAGGAGUUCCACUUGACAGCAGGUAUACCCUCCCCCCCUCCCGGCAAAUGCCCUUUUACAUCCGCAGCCCCCGUGACUGGCGUGCAUGCACCACCGGAGCGCAAAUAUGACGGAUGCGGGCGCAAAGUGUAUUGCAGCGGUCGUCAUGCAGCUGUGUGCGUGCAGCAGUCGUCGUUUGUCUUGGCUCUCAGCUUGUGCGCUCCCUCAUCUCUUCUUGCACUGUGAUGGUGCUCCAUGCUCCUCUUGAAAAAAAAAAAAAAACACACAAAAAAACGAGGGGGGUGGGAAGGGGAGGAGGUAUUAACCCCCCUAAGCAGCAGGAAGAGGAGGAAUUUACCCCCCUAAGCAGGAGGAGGAGGAAUUUACCCCCCCUGAGCAGAAGCAAGAGGCAUCCUCCCCCUUGCCCCGUCGUCCAGCAGUCUUGACAUCCCAGCCAGAGCGGAGUUGUAAACACGCCCCCCCCCCCCCCCCAACCCCAGCAUAAAUAAAUCGGAUUUCCAUUUUCCCACCAAAGAGUCGCCGCUGCUCUCCUUCUUCUCCAAGAUGGGGGGAGUCAGCGAGGGCGACGACGUGCUGGCCAGAUGGAGUGACGGGCUCCUCUACCUGGGCAACGUGAAGAGAGUAGACUGCGUCAAGCAGUGCUGUCUGGUCAGGUUCGAGGACAACUCGGAGUUCUGGGUCCUGAGGAAAGACAUCCAUUCCUUCGCAGGCGGAGUGGACGAAGUUUGCUGUGUUUGCGAGGCUCCGCCCCUUAAAGAACCCCUCAUAAAUUGUCUGAAAUGUCGCCACGGUUAUCAUCCCGAGUGCCACACGCCCACCAUCGAGCCGGAAGCUGACAGCGAUUCCUGGAUAUGUCGCCAGUGUGUCUUUGCGGUCGCCACCAAGAGAGGCGGCGCCAUGAAGCGUGGACGCUUUGCCCGCCUCAUGCAGUUCAUGAAACUGAGGCUCCCCUACCAGCUGACGUCGCUGGACUGGGACACGCACCAUCUGUCCAAUCAGCAGCAGUGUUACUGCUACUGUGCCGGACCCGGAGAGUGGAACCUAAAGAUGCUGCAGUGUGGAAGCUGCGGUCAGUGGUUCCACGAGGCCUGUACUCAGUGUCUGACCAAGCCUCUGCUGUACGGGGACAGGUUUUAUCAAUUCCAGUGCUCAGUGUGUGCAAAGGGACCAGAGACGGUCAAAAGACUACCAAUGACCUGGGUGAAUCUGGCUCACUUGGUGCUGUACCAUCUCUCCCUGUGCUGCAAGAGAAAGUACUUUGAUUUUGACCAUGAAAUCUUGUCCUUCACCAACGAGAAUUGGGACUCGUUGCUCCUUGGCGCGCUCUCUGACACACCCAGACAAGACCGCUGUCACAGCCUCCUCAACGCGCUCAACUCCCACAAGGACAGGUUCGUCUCUGGAAAGGAGAUCAAGAAGAAGAAGUGUCUUUUUGGGCUUCAGGUACGAGCCCCGCCGCCGCUGACGUCAGACUCGUCGCCGCUCAUCACCGAGCCGCCAAUCAACAUAUCGCACCGCAGAAGGUCAGACCCGCUGUCGCUACCCUGCCAGAGGAGGUCGAGCGGACCAGAAUCGCGUAAAUCAAAGCGUCGCAUCAUGGAGACACAGGCUUGUCCGCCCCCGGUUUCUUCCAACCCCAUUGAGCUGCUGCCCUGUUGCCAUGGCUACGUGGAAGGGGAUGGCCUAUACACCCCUGAGAAGUCAGAGGAGGAGCUGAACCUGAGCUCUCCCCCAAAGCGGAGGUAUGCUCUGUACCACACCACUUACAAUGGAAACAGUACACUUUCCAGGGAUCUCCAUCACUAUAACAGCAUGGAGGACACCUGCAGAUUACCUCCCCCCUGCUUCCUGUACCCCCUCAACUCCGAUGAUGGUCUCCACCACCAGCACCAUCACAGCCACCAGCACCAGCCGGGACACAAGCAGCUGGAGCCCAUCUACCUUCGGGACCUGCCCCCUUACCAGGCACCUGCGGGCGGAGGCGGCGUCACCGGAGGAGGCGGGACUGGGGUCAGCGUGGGUGACAGUGGGUCAAUGGCCCGGAGCUGGGGCGGAGGGGAGGCGGUGAGGAUCUUGGCAAGACGGGUGACACCGGACGGGAAGGUGCAGUAUCUUGUGGAGUGGGACAACGUGAGCUUGUGCAGAGCGUGAAGAAGACUCGCUGACUGUUUUGUAGUAUUAGAGUGGCGCCAAUGUUUGAGAAACAAACACAUUGAGAAAACCAAGAAAAAAAAACACGAGUUGCAAAUCCAGGUUGCUCCUUUAGUCUCAUCUCAAACCCACAUUCUUAUAGCCUCACGACUCCUCAGUAAAUAUUCCUCUUGCUGUUGUUUCUCUGAUAUUUGUACUGUUGACUUUCGAAUAUGCCUUUGCAUCUGCCAUGUUUUGAAAUGAGAAGAUGCAUUUAAACCACCAGUUGGUUACUAGUGGAGAACUGGACUAGGGCUGCACGAUUAUUCAACAUAGAGAUUUUGACUAGUGCGAUUACAUAACUGCAAGAUGCAAAGGUUUUUUUUGUCCUCCGUCACCGGCAUUGGAGUGACUGACAUGUUCACCAAUCAGAAUUGUUGAGCCUCACUUUUUUUCAUGGAUAGAAACAGGUAGAAAGAUGUCUCCCUCUGUGCAUCACUCUCAGCACCUUAGCACGUUUAUUCAACAGGCUGAACACAGUAAGCCCUCUUUUCACUCAUACACAAUCUUUGUCUCGAUGUGCAGAGCGCAAGACCGCCAGCUUUACACAGGAAGCACAGACGAAGAGCCCCACGACUCACUACUGAGAUGUUACACAUUGUAACAAAAGUUACAAGAAAAAAACAUGAUAACAAAACCAAAUGUUCUGUCGUGAUAAUAUUUAUAUUUCAAACUGGAUGGGCAAUAAAUAAAUGUGAAAGAACGCCGUGAUGAAAACAAAAAAAGAAGACAACAUCCAACUUAGUUUUUCAAACUGGGAAAAAAAAGCACUUUAAAAUGUCCAAUAUUUAGUCAAGUUAAAUUUUUGCUUGCAGAAAUGAGAAUCCACUUUAUUUUUGUUUUUAUUUAUUUAGGAUAAAGUAAUUUACCUUCCAAUUAGAGUACAAUGAUAAACAAUUCUACAGUAUUUAAAAAUUCAAGUUUUUAUACUUAUAAUGUUUAUCUGCAUUAUUAUUAUAUAUUAUGAUUACAUUACAGAUAGGUUGAUUGGCAACACUAAAUGGUCCCUAGUGUAAAAAUGAGUGUGAAUGUUGUCUGUCUAUUUGUGUUGGCCCUGCGAUGAGGUGGCGACUUGUCCAGGGUGUAACCCGCCUACCCCCCGAAUGCAGUUGAGAUAGGCUCCAGCGACCGCCGUGACCCCGAAAGGGAUAAGCGGUAGAAAAUGGAUGGAUGGAUCAUAGACACAGUACAGUUUUGAAAGGCAAUGUUUCUUGACCAUAGGGCCCUCUAGAUGGCCGACAAAAAAAUAUGUGCUUCUUAGCUGUGGUCUGUACGGGCCGCAGUGGUAAUCAGUUGUAACUUUUCCACCACUUGUAGCAGUAAUGGCAACCUCAAACAAACAGAAGAAGUCUGGCACUAAGGUCAAAAAGUACAUUUCUUAAGCGGAAAAAAUAUGACUAAAGUGGUGAAGCUGUAUUUUAAUUUGCACCUAAAUUGUAUUGACAGUUCAUUUAGGAACAUAUCAUUAAUGUUUAUUAUUUAGUUAAACAUUGUUUAUUUUUUAAACUGUGUAGUUGUAUUAAUUUUUCGUCAGUUUUUUUGAAACCCUUCUAUUACAGUAUAUUUAUUUUUGUAAUCAGCCUGACCGAAGCCUUGAUUAUAAUCUUUGUGAUUAACACAUGCUGUCAUAUCAAUACACAAGGUUAUAAACUGUAAGAUUAUUGAGCAUUAUCAAACUCAAGAGUAAAAUUACUAGUUCAGUGUAAAUAUUUAAGUGAGGCCCUGGGCCCCUUCUAUAGUGGAAAAGUUGGGCCCUGAUGUGAAAAAGGUUAAGAACCGCUGAUGUAAACAAAAGCUCUGCGUCUUUUUUCAUGAAGCCAAAUAUUUUUGGGAGUCAAUUACUGCGCAAUGUUCUAAUGUGUGGCACCUUGAUACAAAAAUAUAUUGACUGAAAGUCUUCCUUCACUUCUUAUUUUCACACUUUUAUGCAUUUACAUGUAUAAAAUAUAAACAUCGCACAACACAUCGCAAUUUCCAAGACAAAAAUGGCAAUUAGGUUGUUUUUCAAAACCGUGCAGCCCUUAACUGUACCACCUUAAACUGUCCUGGAAGCACAGCAUCAUUGCGCUUUAAUAGCCCUUGAGUCUGGCAAUACCAGUAAAGGACCUCAGGGGGCACUAUUGAGUCACUGUAUUGUGACUAUUUAAACUGCUUAUAUGUAUUAUCUUUUAUAAACGAUUGUGAGUAGUGGUGGUCAUAAAUGAACAAAAUUAGUAAUUGAAGAAAUAUUAAUAAAACGGGGGUUGGGCUGAUUGAAAGCAGCAAUCUUUUGAAAGAUUUAUUUCAAUUCAUGACAAGUCAGCUGGAUAAACGUCCAUUUCAGAUGACUUUAAAUAAUAUUUGAUAGAUUUUGUCACAAAUCAUUUUACAUUCAGUCUAAUGUACUUACAAGUAUUACUUUAGACAACAAGUAAAGAACAGCCACAUCAUAUAUAUAUAUAUAUUCAUCUGUUGCUGAAAUACAUUUACUUUAAUGUUUUUUCUUAUCAGUUGCUCAUUAAAUUAGACAGUCGACCAAUCAGAAAGCAGCACCGAUAUCUAAUAAAACUACACAUUCCAGUUUAGCAACAAAAAUGUACACAUAUUUCAGUCUGAGAGAAAGUAUGUAUUGUAAGUAAGUUUUGGGAAUAUUGUCCUGUUUUACAUUGGAAGGGAGGUUAGCAAUAAAAUUUACAGUAAUGGGGUGGACCACGCUGAUGGUCCUUGUUCAUUCUGCUAUCAGAGGGUCCAUGGUUCAAAUUUAAAGGCCUACUGAAAUGAGAUUUUCUUAUUUAAACGGGGAUAGCAGGUCCAUUCUAUAUGUCAGACUUGAUCAUUUUGCGAUAUUGCCAUAUCAUUGCUGAAAGGAUUUAGUAGAGAACAUCCACGAUAAAGUCUGCAACUUUUGGAGCUAACAGAAAAGCCCUGCGUUUACCGGAAGUCGCAGACUACGACGUCACAUGUUGAUGGCUCCUCAAUUUCCCCAUUAUUUUGAGCGAGGAUGAAAGAUUUGUGUUUGAGGAUAUUGAUAGCGACGGACUAGAAGAAAAAAAAACAAGUUUAAAAAUGAAACGUGAUUGCAUUGGGACGGAUACAGAAGUUUUUAGACACAUUUACUAGGAUAAAUCUGGGAAAACCCUUACCUUUCUAUUGUGUUGUUAGUUUUUUAGUGAGUUUAACAGUACCUGAUAGUUGGAGGUGUGUGUCCACGGGUGUGUUGACGCGCAGUGUCUCAGGGAAGUCGACGUCAGCUUCAUGGGCGGCACAAGCUCAGCUGAUCUCCUGUAAGAAGCGACUUUUUACCACAAUUUUCUCACGGAAACCUGCUGGUUGACAUUCGGUCGGGAUCCAUGUUCGCUGUGAUCCAUAGUAAAGUUUCACCACCGGGAAUUUUAAACAAGGAAUCACCGUGUGUUUGUGUGGCUAAAGGCUAAAGCUUCCCAACUCCAUCUUUCUACUUUGACUUCUCUAAUAUCAAUUGAAAACAUUUCAAAAGAUUCAGCAACACAGAUCUCCAAAAUACUGUGUAAUUAUGCCGUUAAAGCAGACGACUUAUAGCUGUGUGUGUACGCAGCGCUCAUAUUUCCUAAAAGCCCGCGACGUCACGCGUACACGUCAUCAUUACACGACGUUUUCAAGAAGAAACUCCCGGGAAAUUUAAAAUUGCAAUUUAGUAAACUAAAAAGGCCGUAUUGGCAUGUGUUGCAAUGUUAAUAUUUCAUCAUUGAUAUAUAAACUAUCAGACUGCGUGGUCGGUAGUAGUGGGUUUCAGUAGGCCUUUAACGCAACAGUUUUCUGUGGCUACGACGCCCUCUAAUGCCAAAAACACUUAACAAAACCGCCCAUUCGGAGGUUUUAUGACAGGGUGCAUAGUGCAGCAGAGGGGCCACUUCCAGAUGGCGGCUCUUUUUUUUUUUUUUUUUUUUUUUUUUAAAUGGUCUUUGGCAUGGUCUAAAAAUACAAUGAGUUCUUUAUUGAGAUGUAUCAUUAGGAGAGGUGGGAAAAAUAAUCACAACUAGAGGGCGCGCGGUUCAUGAAUCCAUCGACAAAUGUCCAAAUAAUGAUUCUUUACAUAUGGUAGAUAAAGUGAUAAGGCUGUUUCUAAAAUGCGGUACUAAUGCUAAUGUUCUCUAAACGUUAGUUGUAGAGUUGGUUCCAACUUACCAUGCGGGAACUAUUAGCUAACAUUCUUUUCACGUAACGUGUUAGCGGGGACAUACAUGGAGGAAGGACGAGAGGAGGACACACUAUGCGUGCUGUGGCUCUAAGCUAGCUUAAAUGUCAAGCAGUAAAACAAAAAAAAGAAUAAACAUUCAACAGAAGGGUACAGGAACCACGUUACAGCAGAAAGUAAGCAGCUUAGGAGACUAAAUUAGCAAGUAGAUAAAUACAUUUAUGAGAGACAAUAAUAACCAUACAGUAAACGGCAACAGAGUCAGUCAUCGACACGAACGAGUAGAUAGACGACACACGUCUUUUAGCCGCAAGUUUCUGGCGAUUUGGGCUGAGGUGUCUGAACAUUCUGUGGUUUUAAAAGGCAUGAUAAUUGAAUCAAGAAUCUCUGCUCUGCUCGCCAAGAAGGGAAUUUUAUUUCCUUUUACACUUAGCGGGCUGCAUGUACCCAGUCUUCCAUAUAUACUGUACAUCUAUGCUGUGCACACAGAAUCCAAAAACUGGCAAAUACUGCAUAGGUCAGUAGCCAAAAGGAGGAGCCUUUUAGACAUAUUAUUAAUAUGAAUAAUUAAAUAAUCAAACAAUAAUCAUUUAGACUUUGUAAUAUGCGUUAUAUUAACAAUAUUAUAUACACUAAUCAAAGUUUUAUAAUCAAAUCAUAGCCCCUGAAUUGUAAUGGAAUCGUGAGCUGCCCAAAGAUUCCCACAUCUAAUUAUUAAAUAUUACAUUCAUCUUAUUCACCUAUAACACAAAGCAAAGAUGUGAAUGUUUUGUUCAGGUGGUGUAGCAUACUGUAUAUUGACCUGUAAUUGGAAUGUUUUUUACAUCUUAAGUGCUCUAAAUGUAUCAAAAUGGCAACCCUCCACAGCCUUUAGUUUUUCUGUAAAGUUUGGACACCCUUGGUUUAUGAUUAAAAAACAUGCCGACAUUAUAGAAUUAAACCCUUUUUUUAGGUAAACGUGCUGCCUAAUGUUCUCAACGAUUGCCUAGUGUUUCUUGUGUUGUCAUAUUAGAAAAAGAAGAGUGUUUUUUUUUUAUAUAUACUAUAGAAAUUUUUUAGCAAAGUAACCAGACAGAGUUUAUAUUUAUACAAAACGUUUAUUUCAGCACUCUGUUUUUUUUGUUGUUGCUUCAUUACUGGCGUUUCAUUAACAAGGGGGAAAUUAAAUAAUUUUAAAUCGCAAAGCAGGAUAUUGAUGACGUUACAUUAUUGUACGUCCUCUGAGGUGAAUUUGUAGCCUAAUAGGAAGGGAUAUGGUGAUGAAUGUAUUUUGUGUCUUUUUUAUGGUAUGUUUGUACCCGUCAAGUGCUGGUUUUAGGUUGUGGUCUCGCUGGAAAUACACCAGAUUUUGUCAAACAUCAAAGUAGGAGGACAGAAAGACACCAGUAAUGUUUUUUUCUUUAAAUCACAUUUUUAUCAGUAAUUCAUUUUUGGUGUAUUUUUGGAUUAAAAAUAAAUAAAUAAAAACUUUUAUAUUUGUGUUCUAAGAGCUGACACCACUGACAUAUGUAACCAAAAUGAUAAAUGUUUCACCAUUAAGUAGUUUGGUACAUUAAUGUGUACUUUUAUUAAAUACUUUGGUUGGUUGGGGAAUUUUUGAAGACAAUUCACAGCUAGAAAUAUUGCAAUCCAGAAAAUACUAUCAGAUUGAUCAAAAUAGGGCAAAGGCAGGCCCAAAAGUGAUUGCUUGCAUACAAAAAAAUCUAUGAGAAGUAUAAGAGCCACUUACAGUACAGUAUAAGUCCAACGUAGAAUAAAGUAAGCAAGUUUCCCCAGUAAUGAACUAAAAACAACAUGUAAGAGAGCAAACUGAUGAAAUUGUUGCUAAAGUAGCAUCUCUUUUCAAAGAUAUUAACUACUGUAUAUAUUUUUGGCAGCACAUCUACAACAGCUGCCAAUAGGAAAGACAGUGCUUAUACUGUGGGGAGGAUGCUACAAUAAGUAUUCAAAUUGAUUAUCAUAUACAAAUCAAUCAAUCUAUGUUUAUUUAUAUAGCCCUAAAUCACCAGUGUCUCAAAGGGCUGCACAAACCACAACGACAUCCUAGGUAGAGCCCACAUAAGGGCAAGGAAAACUCACCCCAAUGGGACGUCGGUGACAGUGACAAUGACUAUGAGAAACCUUGGAGAGGACCGCAUAUGUGGAUGUCUAACAUGAUAUUGUAUAUCUUGCCAACCUCAAAGGGAAUAAGCGGGAGAAAAUGGAUGGGAUGGCCUUACUUCUUCAGCCAUGUGGUUUAUUUGUAUUGUUUUAUGUUUACAAUAUUUCCAUUAUUUAUAAGUCUACUUUGUGGCUUUUUACGUUUCUAGUUGCCUAAUUCUAAUUCAUAUACCCUAUAAAUUUAAUUCAUAUGCCUUUCCUGUUUUUAGGUGCCUGAUUCUUUGCAUCCUCAACGAAACAUUUAGCACAAGGGGUGUCCAAAGUGUGGGCCGGGGGCCAUUUGCGGCCCGCAGCUAAUCGUUUACCGGAUCGCCACACAUUCUGCAAAAAUUGCAAAUUUGAUAGUAUUGCAAAUAUUAAAAAAAACAUUUAAAUAAAGUGGAAUGAGGUGAAAUCUAAUGAGGAAUAAGUGGCAAUGUUGACACAAAGCUGCCAUGCAGGCAUUUUUUUCCCUUUUGUCUUUAUUUUUAUUUUUUUUCCAUUGCUCAAAAAAAAAAAAGGACAAAAAAAUCUAUGUUAUAAUGAAUUAUUACUUAAAAAUGAUCACUUCAAAUCAGGGGUCACCACUCUUUUUGAAACCAAGAGCUACUUAUUGGGCACUAAUUAAUGCGAAUGGCUACCAGUUUGAUACGCACUUAAAUAAAUCGCCAGAAAUAGACAAUUUGCUCAAUUUACCUUUAAUAAAUAAAUCUAACUACCGGUAUAUAUAUAAAAAAAAAUGGGUAUUUUUGUCUGUCAUUCCGUUGUACAUUUUUAUUUCAUUACGGAAUGUUUUUUGUAGAGAAUAAAUGACGAAAAAAACACUUAA